GCAGCUGUCCCGACUGUCCUCAGGCCGUUGAGCCGCCCACUGCCCGUCUCUGCCGGCCACAGAGCCCGAGAGAGUCCGGAGGAACACACCGCCCCUGUCUUCUCCUUCUUCUCCUUCUUCUUCUUCUCCUUCUCCUUCUUCUCCUUCUUCUUCUCCUCCUCCUCUCUCUGUUUUCUGAUCUCUCCUCCUGGAACUUAUCGUAACUUUGCGCACUGAUCCACUGACUCUGGAUCAGAUCUUAGACGCUUUACGCAAACUUUGGAGAAUAGUGUCCCUCCCCUGAGCUCCUCGUCUUCUCCUCCUCGUCUUCUCCUCCUCUCCCCUCUCUCCGCUCCGCGCUGUGUCCGGAGGAGGCGGCACCAUGAUGAGUAACAGCGGCUUCUUGGAGCCGCAGCUGCCGCCGCAGUUGUACCAAGGCCCCGCAGACACCGGGGAGGAGGAGGAGGAGAUGCCGGCCACGGAGAAGGACCUGGCGGAGGACGCUCCGUGGAAGAAGAUCCAGCAGAACACGUUCACGCGCUGGUGUAACGAGCACCUGAAGGUGAUGAACAAGCGGAUCAGCGACCUGCAGAAGGACCUGGGCGACGGGCUGAAGCUCAUCGGGCUGCUGGAGGUGCUGAGCCAGAAGAAGAUGUACCGGAAGUACCACAACAGACCCAACUUCAGGCAGAUGAAGCUGGAGAACGUGUCCGUGGCGCUGGAGUUCCUGGAGAGAGAGCACAUCAGGCUCGUGUCCAUCGACUCUAAAGCUAUCGUGGACGGGAACCUGAAGUUGAUCCUGGGUCUGAUCUGGACCCUGAUCCUCCACUACUCCAUCUCCAUGCCCAUGUGGGAGGACGAGGACGACGAGGACGCGAAGAAACUGACGCCAAAGCAGCGUCUGCUGGGCUGGAUCCAGAACAAGGUGCCUCAGCUCCCCAUCACCAACUUCCACCGAGACUGGAGGGACGGGAAGGCGCUCGGAGCACUGGUGGACAACUGUGCCCCCGGUUUGUGUCCGGACUGGGAAACAUGGGAUCCCAGUCAGCCGGUGGAGAACGCCAGAGAGGCCAUGCAGCAGGCGGACGACUGGCUCGGAGUUCCACAGGUGAUCGCUCCAGAGGAGAUUGUCGACCCAAACGUGGACGAGCACUCUGUGAUGACCUACCUGUCUCAGUUCCCUAAAGCCAAACUAAAGCCCGGCGCCCCCUUGAGGGCAAAGACUCUGCACCCGAAAAGAGCCAAAGCUUUCGGACCUGGUAUCGAACCUCGAGGGAACAUGGUUCUGAAACCAGCGGAGUUCCUGGUGGAGACGGUGGAGGCCGGACUGGGUGAGGUUCUGGUUUACGUGGAGGAUCCAGAGGGACAUACGGAGGAGGCUCGAGUCAUCCCCAACAACGACAAGAACAGAACCUACUCUGUGGUCUACCUGCCCAAAGUGGAGGGGCUUCAUAAGGUGAAGGUGCUGUUCGCUGGGCAGGACAUUGACAGAAGUCCCUUCAUCGUGAACGUUUCCAAGGCGAUGGGCGACCCGAGCAGAGUCCAGGCCCGCGGGCCGGGGCUGCAGACGAUGGGGAACGUGGCCAACAAGCCGACCUACUUUGACAUUUACACAGCAGGGGCGGGAGCCGGAGACGUGGGCGUCAUCAUCGUGGACUCUAACGGUCGCAGGGACACAGUGGAGAUUGUCCUGGAAAACAAAGGGGACAGUAUUUUCCGCUGCACCUAUGUCCCCGUCCUGGAGGGGGCGCACACCGUCUGCGUGACCUUUGCCGGGCAGCAGAUUCCCACAAGCCCUUUCACUGUCCACAUCUGUGAGGUUCCACAGAGCGCCCAACCUCCCGGCUCUCCGGUGCAGAUGGUACCUCAGUCCACUCGCACCCCUCCCUCAGACAAGACACGGAGAGCCCCCCCUCCAACGCCGCCCAAACCCAGGCGACCAACCUGCAACCCGAACGCCUGCCGAGCCUCAGGCCGCGGCCUGCAGCCAAAAGGUCUGAGGGUGAAAGAAGUGGCAGAUUUUAAAGUUUACACUAAAGGAGGCGGCAGCGGUGAACUCGAAGUCACCGUGAAGGGACCAAACGGUCUUGAGGAGCCGGUGAAGGUCCUGGAGGUGGAAAACUGUGUGUUUGAGUGUAAUUAUUAUCCCAUCAUGACGGGAAAAUACAUCGUCACCGUCACCUGGGGGGGACACAGCAUCCCACGCAGUCCGUUUGAAGUGCAGGUAGGUGAGGAGGCGGGGCCUCAGAAGGUGAGGGCCUGGGGCCCGGGGCUGGAGACUGGAUUGGUCGGGAAGAGUGCGGACUUUGUGGUGGAGGCCAUCGGGACGGAGGUGGGAACGCUCGGCUUCUCCAUCGAGGGCCCCUCGCAAGCCAAGAUCGAGUGUGACGAUAAAGGUGACGGAUCAUGUGACGUUCGUUACUGGCCGACUGAACCCGGCGACUUCGCCGUCCACGUCAUUUGUGACGACGAGGACAUCAAGGACAGUCCGUUCAUGGCUCACAUCCUCUCUGCUGCCAACGACAUCUUCCCAGAGAAGGUGAAAUGUUACGGUCCUGGUCUGGAGCCUCUCGGCUGCAUCGUCAACAAACCUGCUGACUUCACCAUCGAUGCUCACGGAGCCGGACGAGGAGAACUGAAGCUCUACGCUCAGGACGCCGAGGGUUUCCCCAUCGACAUACAGAUCACAGAAAAUGAGGACAGCACCUUCCUCUGCGUUUAUAUUCCCACUAAACCCAUCAAACACACCAUCAUCGUCACCUGGGGCGAAGUCAACGUCCCCAACAGCCCGUUCAGGGUGACGAUCGGUGAAGGCAGCCAUCCGGAGAACGUGAAGGUUUACGGUCCAGGCGUGGAGAAGACGGGACUGAAGGCCAACGAGCCGACGUACUUCACCGUGGACUGCAGCGAGGCCGGCCAGGGUGACGUCAGCAUCGGGAUCAAAUGUGCUCCAGGUGUGGUCGGACCUGCCGAGGCCGACAUCGACUUCGACAUCAUCAAGAACGACAACGACACGUUCACGGUGAAGUACAUGCCCCCGGGUCCCGGACAGUACACCAUCAUGGUCCUGUUCGCUGAUCAGGAAAUACCCAUCAGCCCCUUCAGAAUAAAGGUGGAUCCCUCCCAUGAUGCAGCUAAAGUCCGAGCAGAAGGACCUGGACUGAAUAAAACAGGUGUGGAGGUGGGGAAACCAACUCACUUCACCAUCUACACUAAAGGAGCAGGAAAAGCCAAACCCGAGGUUCAUUUCACUGCGGCCACUAAAGGUGAAGCCGUCAGAGACUUCGAGAUCAUCGACAACCACGACUACUCCUACACCGUCCGCUACACGGCCGUCCAGCAGGGCAACGUGUCCGUCACAGUUUGUCACGGAGGAGACCCCAUCCCUAAAAGUCCCUUUAACAUCAGUGUGGCGCCCCCUAUGGACCUGAACAAGGUCAAAGUUCAAGGGCUGAACAACAAGGUGGAUGUUGGGAAAGAUCAGGAGUUCACCAUCAGUACACGAGGAGCUGGAGGUCAGGGCAAACUGGAGGUCAAGAUCACCUCCCCGUCACGUCGACCAAUCCCCUGCAAGCUUGAGUCGGGCACAGCCAAUGAGCUUCACACAGUGAAAUACAUCCCCCCUGAGGAGGGGCCGUUCAGACUGGAUAUCUGCUAUGACGGACACCCCGUCCCAGGAAGUCCGUUCACUGUGGAGAGCGUGAUGCCGCCUGACCCGACCAAGGUGCGUGCCUAUGGUCUAGGUCUUCAGGGAGGCAUUGUGGGUAAACCCGCCCCCUUUGCCAUUGACACAAAGGGAGCGGGCACCGGCGGUUUGGGCCUGACGGUGGAGGGGCCGUGCGAAGCAAAGAUCGAAUGUCAGGACAACGGUGACGGCUCCUGUUCGGUCUCCUACCUGCCGACUGAGCCCGGUGAGUACGCCAUCAAUAUCCUGUUCGCUGACCAGCACAUCCCCGGCUCCCCCUUCAAGGCCGUGGUGCAUACCGCCUUCGAUCCCAGCAAGGUGACGGCGAGCGGCCCCGGCCUAGAGCGAGGCAAAGUCAACGAGGACGGAUCGUUCACGGUGGACUGCUCCAAAGCCGGAGAGGCGGAGCUCACCAUUGAGAUUAUCUCAGACUCUGGAGCCAAAGCUGAAGUUCACAUCCAGAACAACAGCGACGGGACGUACUCCAUCACCUACAUCCCACAGUUCCAGGGCACGUACGCCAUCACCAUCAAAUAUGGAGGACACGCCGUGCCCAAGUUCCCCGUCCGCCUGCAGGUGGAGCCGGCUGUCGACACCAGCGGAGUCAAGGUCCACGGACCUGGAGUCGAACCCAGAGGCGUCCUGAGGGAAGUGACCACACAUUUCAUCGUCGAUGCUCGGUCGCUCUACAAAAGUGGCAGUCAAAUCAAAACCUGCAUCUCCAACCCGUUAGGCGCCAACACAGACGCCUACAUAACCGACAAGGGCGACGGGACGUACAGGGUGGAGUACACGCCGUAUGAGGACGGUUUACAUCUGAUUGACGUCCUGUUCGACGACGUCUCUCUGCCGAAGAGUCCGUUCAGAGUGACGGUGACGGAGGGUUGUGAUCCCAGUCGAGUGCGAGCGUACGGUCCAGGUCUGGAGGAAGGACUGGUCAACAAACCGAACCGUUUCACCGUCGAGACCAGGGGAGCAGGCACCGGGGGUCUGGGUUUGGCCAUUGAGGGUCCGUCUGAGGCGAAGAUGUCGUGUAAAGACAACAAAGAUGGCAGCUGCAGCGUGGAGUACAUCCCCUUCACUCCUGGAGAGUACGACGUCAACAUCACGUUUGGAGGUCUCCCUAUCCAAGGAAGUCCUUUCAGGGUCCCGGUGCGAGAGCUGGUGGAUCCCAGUAAGGUGAGAUGUUCAGGUCCUGGACUGGGAAGUGGAGUCAGAGCUCACGUCUCCCAGACGUUCAUUGUCGACUGCAGCAAGGCCGGCGUCGCUCCGCUGGAGGUUCAGCUCUACGGUCCGACAGGUGUGACCGAACCCAUCAGCAUCAGCGACAACAGUGACGGGACUCACACGGUGAACUACACUCCUGCCAACGAUGGCCCGUACACGGUGUGUGUGAAGUACGCCGACCAGGAGGUUCCUCGCAGUCCGUUCAAGAUCAAGACGUUACCGGCUCACGAUGCCAGUAAAGUUCGAGCCAGCGGUCCCGGUCUGAACGCAUCAGGGGUCCCGGCCAGUCUGCCGGUGGAGUUCACCAUCGAUGCCCGGGACGCUGGAGAGGGACUGCUCACCGUCCAGAUCCUGGAUCCGGAGGGAAAACCUAAGAAGGCAAACAUCCGAGACAACCGGGACGGGACGUACACGGUGUCGUACGUCCCCGACAUGACGGGACGCUACACCAUCACCAUCAAAUACGGAGGAGACGAGAUACCGUACUCGCCGUACAGAAUCCACGCCUUGCCCACCGGGGACGCUAGCAAGUGUCUGGUCACAGUGUCGAUUGGAGGACACGGUCUGGGAUCAGGGAUCGGCCCGACCAUCCAGAUUGGCGAGGAGACCGUCAUCACCGUGGACGCAAAGGCUGCUGGGAAAGGUAAAGUCACCUGUAAGGUGUCGACUCCUGACGGAGCGGAGCUGGACGUGGACGUGGUGGAGAACGCAGACGGGACGUUUGAUAUCUACUACACGGCCCCGGAGCCGGGGAAGUACGUCAUCACCAUCCGGUUCGGAGGGGAACACAUUCCCAACAGCCCCUUCCACGUGGUGGCGAGUGACUCUGGUCCGUUAAUAGAGGAGCCAUGUGACCAGCUUCAGUUACAGCAGACGUUCUUUCCCUAUGUGGGAUUCUCCCCUCAAUGGGCGACCGAUGAUCCCAUCAGCCCCGUGGACGGGAUGGAGCCGGUGCUCCGCCCCUUCAGUCUCGUCAUUCCCUUCACGGUGCAGAAAGGAGAAAUCACAGGUGAGGUGCGAAUGCCGUCUGGUCGAACCGCCUGUCCUCACAUCACCGACAACAAGGACGGAACCGUCACCGUGAAAUACUCGCCAACUGAACGAGGUCUGCACGAGAUGGAAAUUAAAUACGACGGAAACCACAUCCCCGGAAGUCCUCUUCAGUUCUACGUUGAUGCCAUCAACAGUGGUCAUGUGACAGCGUACGGCCCCGGUCUGAGCCACGGCACCGUGAACCGACCGUCUACGUUCACGAUCGUCACUAAAGACGCCGGCGAAGGGGGUCUCUCUCUGGCGGUGGAGGGUCCGUCUAAAGCUGAGAUCAGCUGUAAAGACAACAAAGACGGGACGUGCACCGUGUCCUACCUGCCGACCGCACCUGGAGACUACAACAUCAUCGUCAAGUUUGACGACAAACACAUCCCCGGCAGUCCCUUCACCGCCAAGAUCACCGGCGACGACUCUAUGAGGACUUCUCAGCUCAACGUUGGCACGGCAACAGACGUUUCCUUGAAGAUCACGGAGACGGACCUGACCAGUCUGACGGCGACCAUCAGAGCGCCGUCUGGAAGCGAGGAGCCGUGUUUGCUGAAGAGGCUUCCGAACAGACACAUCGGGAUCUCGUUCACGCCAAAGGAAGUGGGCGAACAUGUGGUCAGCGUGAAGAAGAACGGGAAACAUGUGACCAACAGUCCCUUUAAGAUCAUGGUGGGUCAGUCUGAGAUCGGAGACGCCAGUAAGGUGAAGGUCUUGGGUCAGGGGCUGCUGGAGGGACACACCUUCGAGGUGUCCGAGUUCAUCGUGGACACCAGGAACGCAGGUUACGGAGGUCUGGGUCUGUCCAUCGAGGGUCCCAGUAAAGUGGACAUUAACUGUGAGGACGUGGAGGACGGAACCUGUAAAGUCACCUACUGUCCCACCGAACCUGGAAACUACAUCAUCAACAUCAAGUUCGCUGAUCAACACGUUCCAGGAAGUCCGUUCACAGUGAAGAUGUUUGGCGAGGGGCGGAUGAAGGAGAGCAUCACCAGGAAACGUCAGGCGCCCUCCAUCGCCACCGUCGGCAGCACCUGUGACCUCAACCUGAAAAUACCAGGGAACUGGUUUCAGAUGGUGUCGAACCAGGAGCAUCUGACGCGGACGUUCACCCGCAGCAGUCACACGUACACUCGCACCGAGAGGACGGAGAUCAGCAAAACCCGAGGAGGCGAGACGAAGAGGGAGGUCCGCGUGGAGGAGAGCACGCAGGUCGGAGAUCCCUUCAGGGAAGUGUUCGGAGACUUCCUGGGACGAGAGAGUCUGAGCGGGUUCAGCGGCAACAGACCGCCACUGCAGGACGGUGAGGCAGGUAACCAGGAAAUGACGGCUCAGGUGACGAGUCCCGGAGGAAAGACGGAGGAGGCGGAGAUCAUUAGAGGAGAGGACAGCACCUACAGCGUCCGGUUCAUCCCUCAGGAGAUGGGCCCUCACACCGUUAGUGUUAAAUACCGGGGCCAACACGUUCCCGGGAGCCCCUUCCAGUUCACUGUGGGGCCCCUGGGAGAGGGAGGGGCCCACAAGGUCCGAGCAGGAGGAACCGGACUGGACCGAGGAGUGGCCGGGAUCCCAGCUGAGUUCAGUAUCUGGACCAGAGAAGCCGGAGCUGGAGGUUUGUCCAUCGCUGUUGAAGGACCCAGUAAAGCUGAGAUCACGUUUGAAGACAGGAAGGACGGAUCCUGUGGCGUCGCCUACGUGGUUCAGGAACCUGGUGAUUAUGAGGUUUCUGUUAAAUUCAAUGACGAACACAUCCCAGAUUCUCCGUUCAUCGUCCCCGUCGCCACUUUGUCGGACGACGCUCGCCGCCUCACCAUCACCAGCCUGCAGGAAAUGGGUCUGAAGACGGGACAGGAAGCUUCGUUCUCUGUGCAGCUGAACGGAGCCAGAGGUCUGAUCGAUGCUAAGAUCCACUCGCCGUCAGGAGCCGUGGAGGAGUGUUACAUCACCGAGCUGGACAGUGAUCAACACGCCAUCAGGUUCGUCCCGAGAGAAAACGGCGUUCACUCCAUCGAUGUUCGUUUUAGCGGCAGCCACGUCCCCGGCAGCCCUUUCAAGAUCCGAGUGGGAGAACCAGGACAGGUCGGAGAUCCUGGUAUGGUGUCAGCCUUCGGACCGGGACUGGAGGGAGGAAUCACAGGUGUGGCGUCAGAGUUUAUCGUGAACACCUGUAACGCCGGCUCAGGAGCUCUGUCGGUGACCGUGGACGGACCGUCCAAAGUGAAGAUGGACUGUCAGGAAUGUGCUGAGGGCUACAAGGUCUCAUACACACCCAUGGCCCCCGGGAACUACCUGAUCUCCAUCAAGUAUGGAGGUGGUCACGUGGUCGGAAGUCCCUUCAAGGCCAAAGUCUCAGGACCUCGUCUGUCCGGCGGCCACAGUCUUCAUGAGAUGUCGUCCGUUCUCGUGGAAACCGUCACCAAGUCGUCAAUGAUGGGCGGGGCCUUCGCCUCUAUACCCAAAUUCUCCUCAGACGCCACUAAGGUCGUGUCCAGAGGAGCCGGCCUAUCGAAGGCCUUCGUCGGUCAGAAGAACGCGUUCACGGUCGACUGCACUAAAGCAGGAACCAACAUGCUGAUGGUCGGUGUCCACGGACCGAAGACGCCGUGUGAGGAGGUGUACGUCAAACACAUGGGCAACAGGACGUACAACGUCACAUACACGGUCAAAGAACAGGGCAGCUACAUCCUCAUCGUCAAGUGGGGGGACGAGAACGUCCCCGGGAGCCCGUUCCACGUCACUGUCCCCUGAACCUGGACUCGCCACGUCCGUCUCACAACGUCCACGAUGCACUGAGACUGUCUCACACUCAUUUACACUGUCCUGUUUACUGUUGCUAAGGCAACAGUUUUGCCUUAACUGUCUCUAUGGCUACGUUGUCAUUAUGAACCAGCAGCUCCGGUUGGUGUUGGCGUGAACAACGAGAACCUGCGUUAGCUUCAAACAACCGGAUCCUUUAUUUAUUCUCUGACGGUUUUUUUCUUUGACAGAAAUGGUCUUAUUGUGGAGGAGAAUCUUUGAGAAACAGAUUUUUGUUUUUUACCACAUGAGAAGUCGCUUUAAUGUGUGAAUGAUGAAAACAUCGUAUUUACAGAGUGAAGAAAUUUUCUAGUGAUUUUAUAUGAAUGAGUUUGAUUUGUUCAGUUUUCAGGAAGAAUUAAAGUUCUGCUGCUCGUCAAA